GAUUGCGGUGUAUCCAGACUUCGGAAAGCCUCCACACCGCACACGUAUUUACCGCGUAGCUGCCUGCUCGCGAGGCCGACGGCCUGCCAUACACCGCCCUGAUCCGAGGAUUGUGCUAGCACACGCCCUACCGGAGUGUCACCGCUAUGAAGAUCCUCUUCAUCUGCACUGCUCACAACUCGCUGUCUCAGCGUCUCGCGCUGGCACUGCAAGAACGCGGCCAUGCCGUCACGGUGGAGAUGGCGCUCUCAUCAGAGCUCAUGAUCGAGGCUGCUGAAAUGGCUCAACCGGACCUCAUCCUCUGCCCUUUCCUCACCAAGCGAGUGCCGGCACAAGUAUACAGCAAGUGGCUCACACUUAUUGUCCAUCCGGGCGCCCCUGGAGACGCUGGACCUUCGGCCAUUGACCUCGCUCUGUUCGGAGAUACUGGCGAGCUCGAAAAUUGGCAUGAACAGCUGGCACUCAUCGACUAUCGACAUGCUGCCCCGGAUGCUCGACCAAGAAGACGUUCCCACUGGGCGAUUACCGUCUUGCAAGCCAUCGAAGCUCUAGAUGCAGGACCGAUUGUCGCCUUUGAACAGUUUGAGAUGAAUGAAGAAGCCGCCUUGAUGACCAAAAGCGAUUUGUACCGCGGACCCAUCUCUCAAGCCGCCGUGCGAGCAGUCUUCGCAGCCAUUGAACGCCUGGAGACACAUUGCACAGCCAGGCCCUUUGGCGUCGACCUUCCACUGCAGCUAUCGGCGGAGGCGAGAAGCGGCUGCGUCUCUAGGCAACAACCUUUUCUAGGAGGCCCGACUCACGAACGGCCUUUGUUCAAAGCUUCGGCACGCGAUUUUGUCAAGCUGACAGCAUCAUCGACCCACAAGCUUCGAGCAGAGGUACUCGUCCAGCGCAUCAACAGCGCCGAUUCUCAACCGGGAGUGCAGUCCUCUCUGCUUGGGCCUUCGAUGUUUUUGUACGGCGCACACCUUCAGUCAUCGCCCCUUCCUGAGAACAUUGCCCAUCGAGCCGCACAAUCGAAGACGGGCACCAUCCUCGCCACUCGUGCCGGCGCAGUCCUGAUGGAUUGCGGAGCAGACUUUCCGCUCUGGAUCACACACCUGCGAAGGCCAAAGGCGAAGGUAGACAAGCAUCUGCAUCCCAAGCUCCCAUCGGUGCAGGCCAUCGAGUCUGACGCAGCGCUGGCGCGAAAGCUCGAGCUGGCCGCUGUGCCUGAGUGGCCCGCGCCUGCCGACCACGAAGCUUGGGCUUUUCAGCCUGGAACGUGGCAGCAAGUCUGGGUCGACAUCGAAACCGCCGGCCAGAGUACAAGAAUUGCCUACGUCUACUUCGACUUCUACAACGGCGCUACUGCCACUGAUCAGUGCCAUGAGCUCGCAGCUGCACUGGAAUGGACGUUGAGUCGAGAGCCCAAGGUGCAUGCUGUGGUGCUGAUGGGUGGCGCGGGAUACUUUUCCAAUGGUAUCGCUCUCAACGUAAUCGAGGGAUCCGAAGACCCUGCUGCUGAAUCCUGGGCCAAUAUCAAUGCCAUCGAUGACGUGGUGGAGAAGAUUUUGGCGCCUUCGGGCGUCCUCACCAUUUCGGCGCUGCGGGGAAAUGCAGCAGCCGGAGGUCUGGCGUUGGGUACGGCUGCAGACAUCUGCAUUGCUUCUGCGGGCGCCACCUUCAAUCCUCAUUAUCGCGGCCUGGGUCUUUACGGCUCCGAGUGGCACACAUACAGCUGGCCCGCUCGAUGUGGCGUCCAAAAGGCCCGCGAGCUGACCCGCUCGAUGAUGCCGAUGAGCGCAAAGCAGGCUCUGCGAUGCGGUCUAGUCGACCACGUUGUUGGAAGCGGUCAUGAAGGUCCCAAAGAGCUCGAGACGCUCGUCAAAAACUUUGUCGAGGCGCUUGUCACGGCGAGAGCGGAGCGAAUUUCUCCCGCUUAUCCCUCCUUGCUGGUUUGCGGUGCGCCUUGGACCAAACAGAUGGGCAUCGACUCGGGCUUUGCAUGCAAAGCCGAGCCAGAUCAAACCGAAGGCAGUCAUGCGAGAAGCAUGCUGCAGCGCAAGCAAUGCUACUUGGCACUGCUCUUUGCCAGCCGCAAAGCUGCCACCGACCCCAUGCCAACCAUGUCGGAUGGGUUCGCGACUUUCAGAAAGUCAGAGUUGGAGCAAAUGCGUUUGGACUUUUUCCAUCCCGUCCGCUCGCACCGCUACCACUCCCGUCGCUUGGCGUUCGUUCGCAAAUUAGUGCCCAAAUCCACGCCGACGCGAUUUGCUUUGCACCGUCGGGUUGCGGAUGCAGAGUGGAGUGCAGCCGAGCAAGGCGGUCAUCUUGCUCUCGACGAAGAGGAGCAAGACGCCUUUGAUAGCCUGGGAGAUGUUCCUGACGACGUCGCGGUUGCGAGGAUGCCGACGCCCACAGUCAGAGUUGUGUCGGACCUGUCACGCAGCACGAGUGCAAGCUCCAACAUGACUGCGGACACCGCAUCGACGUCUUUGGGUCAAGUCGCCGCAUUCGCCUCGAGGAGUUCGAGCGGCGACUGCUCCACUCCUGCCACCUCGACCCACUCGUCUCCAAAGCUGGAACGCGACCAAAAGGAGCUCCGCUGCUCUUCGGUCUUGCAAGAACGUGAGCGAGACGACGCGAGCACUGCCAUCACGUCGUUCUUGAGCGUGGCGCCAUCCCCGCCCACGCACCAUCGACGUGCUACUUCUCCAAGCAUCUCAUUCGACGAUACCGCUGCGCCUGCCACUGAACGCAAAAGCUGCCCCCCGCGACCGCGUCAGAAUGCUGCACCCGACGCCUCCAAGGUGAAGAGGACCAGCACGGGCGGGCGAAGGCUCAGCGGCUCCACCUUUGCUUCGCCAUUUUUACGCAAGGCACCGUCGAUGGAUGUUGCUGUGAGCAAUGAGGCGCCUGCACAAGACGUCGGCACCAAACAUGCCGGCACGCAGGCUCCUCUCUCCCCGCGCUCCAAAGGAGCAGUGUCGCGCUUGUGGUCGAGCAUCGGUCGCUCCGGCGCUUCUCGAGCCAACGGCACCAAUCGGGCGAGCGUUCUGAGCGGCAAGACGACGCUGGACACCGUCCCAGCCACCCCGCGCGGCAGCGUGAAUGUGGAAGACCGCAAAUCGAUGCCGACCGGAUUGGGUCUAGCCGCGCCUCCUCCUGCGAUGAUCAACUCUUCGAUGCGUCGAGCUUCGAGUCGAUCCCUUCUAUCUGCCAUCCGCAUCGACGAAGCGGCAGACAUGAAGCCGUCGGAUUAUGCUUCGAUCGGUGGGAGGAAGAUGAACACGAUGGAGCACGGUGCUGCUUGUCUCUAUCCUUGCUACUACGAAUCGGAAGAUGCUAUGCGUAAGACGGCCAAAGCCUGAGAUGAUCUCUCACGCUCGACAGGAAGGGCUGUUCAUUGCCCGCAGCAGGCACCAGCAUCCAUAAAAGCAUUCCAGUAACUCGGGUCCACAUCGUUUCGUGUUGUAUACGUGCUACAUCUGGCUCCUAGCUUGCUCUCCUUUGGUCUCCCGUUCCAAGCUUUCUUCGGU